GCGGGAAGCCGCCCACCUCCACCCCGGGCGCACACCGGUUGCACCUGAGCAGCUCUGUUUCCCCCCCGCCCCAUUGCCGCCGCAGCCCUUCCUCGGGGUCUGCCUGGGCGGCCGGGGGAGUGGGAAGAGAGUGACCAUGCGAGAGAGAGGGAAGGUUUAACCCCUUCGCCUCCCCCCCCACUCAUGAAUUAACUCCCAAGGGGGGGAGCAGCAGAGCCCGAGGAUAGAAGGAGCCGGGCAUCCCUCGUCUGCCUCAGAGGCGAGCCAGCAGCAGCAGCAGCAGCACCCGGCUGGGAGCGAUGCCUCUGAGGCUCGGCUGGCUUUGGUGGGGAGGGCUGCUGUGCAGCUGCUGCUGCUCCCCGCCGCCGCCCGUGCUGCCCCUGCUGCCCGCCGGGGGGGCGCUGCUGGCGGACAGCAGCAGGGAGCAGCCGCAGCCUCCAGCCGCCUCCUCGCCUGGAUUCCUCUACCGGCGCCUCAAGUCGCACGAGAAGCGGGAGAUGCAGAAGGAGAUCCUGUCCGUGCUGGGGCUGCCGCACCGGCCCCGGCCGCUGCACGGGCUGCAGCCGCGACCGCCUCCUCCCCAGCAGCAGCUGCCUCCGCCGGGCAGGCUCAACUCGGCUCCUCUUUUCAUGCUGGAUCUGUACAAUGCCCUGUCCAGCGAGGAGGAGCAGGGGCCGGGGGCAGAGCGCCGCCGCCUGCAGCCCCCCACCGCUCACACCCUGCAGCGCAAGACCCUCAUCGCCCAGCCGGGACCCAGCUCGCAGGACAGCGCCUUCCUCAACGACGCGGACAUGGUCAUGAGCUUUGUGAACCUGGUUGAAUAUGACAAGGAGUUCACACCUCACCAACAACACCACAAAGAGUUCAAGUUUAACUUGUCCCAGAUCCCAGAGGGGGAGGCGGUUACUGCUGCGGAAUUCCGAAUCUACAAGGACUGUGUCAUGGGGAGUUUUAAAAAUCAAACCUUUCUUAUCAGCAUCUAUCAAGUCCUGCAAGAACAUCAGAACAGAGAUUCUGAUCUUUUUUUGCUGGAUACCAGAGCAGUGUGGGCCUCAGAAGAAGGCUGGCUGGAGUUUGACAUCACUGCCACCAGUAACAUGUGGGUGAUGAACCCUCAGCACAAUAUGGGACUCCAGCUGAGUGUGGUGACCAGGGAUGGUCUCAGUGUAAACCCCAGAGCAGCAGGCCUGAUAGGCCGAAAUGGCCCUUAUGACAAGCAGCCUUUCAUGGUGGCCUUUUUCAAAGUGAGUGAGGUUCAUGUUCGGACCACUCGGUCAGCCACAAGCAGGCGCAGGCAGCAGAAUCGAAACCGCUCCACUCAGUCUCAAGAUGUUUCCAGGGUAUCUAUUACAGAUUACAACAGCAGUGACCUAAAAACAGCUUGCCGAAAGCAUGAACUUUUCGUUAGCUUCCAAGACUUGGGAUGGCAGGAUUGGAUAAUUGCACCAAAAGGCUAUGCAGCAAACUACUGUGAUGGAGAAUGUUCUUUCCCACUCAAUGCACACAUGAAUGCCACCAAUCAUGCCAUUGUACAAACUUUGGUUCAUCUUAUGAAUCCCGAAUACGUUCCCAAACCCUGUUGUGCACCUACCAAACUAAAUGCCAUAUCAGUUCUUUACUUUGAUGAUAACUCCAAUGUCAUUUUGAAAAAAUAUAGGAAUAUGGUAGUAAGAGCAUGUGGAUGUCACUGACACACAAACAUUCUUCACUCAGACCUACUGUGCAAUUCUACCAUGAACUUCUAGAUUAUACCUACCUGACCUUGGAGAAAGUCAACAAAGGCGCAUCAGAGGAAGCAGCAGGGUACUUCUUCAUUGAUAUGUACUCAACUUUGUAAUGGGAACAGGUGCUGGAUUUAAAAAAAACAAAAAAACUGAUCUACAGCAUGGCAGCCUUUCUGAUCUGCAAAAACAUGAACUGCAAGGCUUGCAAAAACGAAAUCCGUCCCUACAAAUUUUGUUAGCUUCAGUCAUUCCCUGUAUGGUAUUAAACUCCCCUGAGAGUAGCAGAAACUUAAAACAAGAGCUUGACCUUGUCAGUUGGUCAGUCUGCACUUCAGUUUUACCAAACCACCAUCUGCUACAUGUAAGCCUUGAAAAAGUGUCUCCUGUAGACAAAAAGCAAAGCUGUAGUAGUAAAAUAUAGAAAUUAUGCUUUUAAUACCUUACCAUCAUGCAUUUUAUGUGGACAACCCCAACGUUAGGGAGUGCCUUCUAUUUAAUAGUUGCUACAUCAGUAUGAGUGGUUUCUUCCAGAAGCCAACUUGAUAAAGAGCAACGUCAGUUGUGCCAAAGCAAGCCUUUGACACUGUGCAUUCUCCAAACACACAUGCUGAACCAUAGAUUUGACUAGAUAUUUAACCGCACCAUGUAUUAGUUACAUAAGGACAAAGCCACUCCCUGCCUGGUUUCUUGAGAUGAAUGUACCAACUAGGCAGUGAAUUUAUAAAUUUGUUCUUGUGCAGCUUCCCACCUUGUUUAGAUUCUACAACUCCUGCACGAUGCAUCCACUAAGCCUGUUCAGUUUUAUUCCAAACAUUCUUUGCUGCUCAACUGUACCACCACGGAGGAGGCUGCAAUCAGGACAAUUCUACAACUUUGAGUUUAUACAGAAAUUUUGAAGCAGCUCCUGUGUUGGAGAGUGGGCAUAUUACUGAAGAUGCAGCUUAUGUAAAACUAUCUGGCCAAAAAGGAAAUUGCAUUUAAGAAGUUGGUUUAAAGGGUAUAUUCACAUUUUAGCCAUAGCUUCUAAUAGAGUAGUUUUAUUCCCAAUGUUAAUAGUAACAAUGAAUUUUCUGAUCAAUGUUAAACCUGUAUUAAAUG